AAUGCCGUCGUCGUUGUGGGACCGCGUUUGACAGCCUUCGCUCGAGCAGCUCUUCGUUUCGUUCGUCUUCGAAUUCGUCGUCGUCGCGUGUGCGUGUGUGAAAAAAGAGGAAAACUUUACUCGGAAAAUUUGACCUACCAGCGGGUGGAAAAACGAAGAAAAUUCGAUCGUCGCCGGGAGUUUACGGUGUGGAAAAACUUUUCCGACAGCAGGAACCACCGAAGGGCGGCGGAGUUUUCCGCACCGGGCGUUUGUUUCCAGCACCUGAAAACUUGUGUGCCCUCAGAGGCAAGCUAGAAGAGGGAGAUUUUUGUUCGAAUUCGCGUGUGGCCAUCGGAAAAUAUCCUACAAAAGAGUGUGUGCGUAUUUUGGAAGUGAGAGUGUGGGAAAUUAUCACUUUCGGGAAGGCCAGGAAAAUGUCGAUGGUGAAAAAGUGCUAGCGCUAGUAGAGUGAAUCCUAUUGUGGAUAAAAGGGAGAAAAAGGCGAAAUUGGAAUUAUGUUUCAAGCGCAUUCGAGAAUCACCAGGAGCAACGAAGCAAGCCCGUCAUCAUCGCCAAUGGCUACUACGACCGCAGCAGCAGCAAGUGGAGCAGUGCUCAACACCAGCACUGACAGCAAUUUAGACGAUGACCCCAACAGUUCAAUAAUCAACAAAGUCCGGUCCCGCGUAUCGAGCAUCAUUCCGGAUGCCCUCUCCAAAUGGUUUUCACCGGCCAAAAGACCGCGGGACACAGGCAACGAGCAAACCAAUAACAGCGGAGGAUCCGGAUCACCGACCGGCCGCAAUGGGAAUCUAUUGAGAAGGGAAAACCGGCUGAGGCAGUUCGUCUUCAGCGGUUCGGAGGGAACGACGGAUCCCGAACAACAGCAUAAUCAGUACGACGAUCCAGAGGAAGAUGAGGAAGACGAGGAUCAUGCGCCUCCGAUUCGGAAAAAGAAACGGAUGGAGGAGGGAUUUAACGCCACCAUGGUGGAUUUCAACGAGGAUCUGAGUGCGGUGCCGGGCCCGAGUGGCCUAAACAUCUCCGCCAUCGAUCGUCGUAGUUCGCUUCCAGCGUCGGUUCAACUUCCCCAAUACUACCGUAAUACAUUCUCCUCGUCGACACCUUCGACAUCUCCCCAGCAGCAGCAACAACCAACCGGUUCUUCGGUGCUGGGAGCGUUGAAUCGUCAACCGCCGCGAACGAGUUUGAUUGGGUACACCAAUCGGACCACGGCACCGUACAAUUUUGGUGCCUCCACUGGACCGAUCGCCGAGGAGGAGCGGGACCAGUCAUCGGAACAGGGUAACGAAAGCUUAUCGGUAUCCAUCCGACAGAGGAAGGGCAUUCGAGAGAUUAGCAGUCGGAAGCGCUUGAAUAUUCCGCCAAUGCCGGUGGAUCGUUCGACGUCUGAACCUCCGGCGCCAAUAUUUGGGCGAAGGUUCCCUCUCCAAUCGCAGCAGCAGCAACUACCGGAAGAAGGUAGCAGCGAAGAACUUAGGGAAGAGGGUAAUCUUCUGGCCAACGGCAAUCUGAACGAAAGCGCAUCGGAGAGCAGUAGCGUGUCGAACCUGAAUCUAAGUCAGACGGAAGGAGGACACAUGGACAGCAGUAGGCGGUUAUCCGGAUUCAUGGGGAACAGUCGAAGUAAGCGAGCCAGAGUCGGAGGCUCAACGGGAGAUUUGUGCUUUUCGUCGCAUUUGGAAACGGAAAAGAGUUUGUUUGCGUUGAAGAACUCCGGACAAUCUGGACGGCCUGCGUUCAACGCAUCGCUAUAUGGGAGCACAUCUUCAUUGGGGAGCAGUAAUAGUAGCUUGUUUGCAAAUUCCCCGUUCUACAAUGGCCGGACGAUGUACGGUGGUGCAUCGGCCUACAGUAGUCGUCGAGACAACCGCCAAAAGGCGUUGAGAGUUCCGGUGCAUAUCAGGCCGUCGUCGUCGCUGUCGAAUUUUUCCUCUUCCAACACCAGUUUGGCGUCCGAUACUUCAGCGCUCUCGAAUACGGCCAAGCGAAUCCUGGAAAUCCUUAAUCAACGUUCCGGUCCGUUGACCGAAGCUCGAAAAUUGGGCAGCAGCUUGAGUCUGAACAGUACGCUGGCAUCCUCAAAGGUCCCUGGACUGGUCCAGGCACGGAAGCGUUUCAACGAGGAAGAUCUCAGCAUGAAUCGAAGCAUUCGAAUGUCUAGUCCUCGAACGCCGUACAGUCGUCCGCUGAGUGCCACUGGCGGCAUUGGCAGUUCCACCUCCUCGAUCAACAAACCCCCAAGCACGGAACUACAAAUCCCCACCAUGUCGCAGCUACUCCAGAUGAAACGCCUCCAAACGAAUACCGAGUCUGCCCGGCGAAUGGCCACCGAAUCUAGCGGCAGUACGGUCCUAAAUGAACCGACUCAGUAUAAACUGCCCAGCGCCGAAUCGGACGACACCAAUAACAAUGUGAAACACACCAGCAAGAUGCGCAACAAACUGCACCGGAUCCGGGAGGAAUCCCUCGUCGAUCGCAGCAGCAAUGCUCCGGUGCCACAGGUCAACCUACCGGAAGUGCAGCUGGCCGGAUUGAAAUCAGUUCCUAAAUUUGACAUCCAGUUGCCAAUUUCAACGGCGCUGGCGGUGGAAAGCAGUGAUAAACCGAAAACGGUGGCAGUUAUCAGCAAUAAAGCAAAAAACAACGCGUAUAAAUUCUCAUCGCCCACAAAACUAGACAUUGCAAGUUCUGGAACAAGCACGACUUCCAAAACGCGGAACAACUUCAAAUUCAGUGAUCCGGAGCCAUUGGGUGCGAGCAAGAGUAGUAGCACUCCAGCGCCUUCACUCAAACUGGGAGGAUUCCAAUUCAAUCCGGAAAUGGCCAAACCGAAAGCUACAAUCCCAACCACUCAAACAAGCCCUACGUCGCAGAAGCCCCCACUACCCCUGAAAAGUGGUAGUUGUCUGGACGCUCUGAAGAGCAAUGCUACAGUGCCCGAGCUUAAAACAGGCAGUUGUUUGGAUGUCCUCAGCAAACCGGUGUCUCCCGCCGUCGCCAUUGGUAAUGGUUCUACCUCCGGAUUCGGAAGCGCCUUCAAGCUAACCGGUUCCAACAAGUGGGAAUGCGAUACCUGUAUGAUGCGAAACGAUCAGGACAAAACCAAAUGCGUUUCGUGCGAAACUCCCAAGCCGGGUUCGAAGCCGGAAGCACCCAAAGCUAGUAGUUUCUCGUUCGGAACGACUCCGGUGAUAGCUAGCAAAUCUGCACCGUCGACGGAUUCCGGAUUCAAAGCACUGGUCGCUCAGCAGUCUGCCAAGUGGGAGUGCUCCGAUUGCAUGACUCGAAACGACUCCGAUAAGCUCAAAUGCGUUUGCUGUGAGAAAGCUAAACCCGGUGCAGCCGCAGCGCCUGCCCCGGCAGCAGCCGUCCCGGCCGCUAUCAAGUCCAUGUUCUCCAUGCCUGCGAGCAGUACCGAUCAGGGAUUCAAAGCACUCGUAGCGCAACAGUCCGCCAACAAAUGGGAAUGCAGUGCGUGUAUGACCCGAAACGAAGCCUCGCGCUCAAAGUGCGCUUGCUGUGAGCAGGCUAAACCGGGUUCCACUCCUGAGGAUGCCCCUUCUUUCUCUUUCGGAAGCAAACCGUCGUCAUCUUCUGGUACCAAGUUCAGCUUUGGAGUGCCUCCAAGCUCCGAGGCUAAGGACGCUCCCAAAACAGGAUUUUCCUUCGGGGUGCCACCAGCUAGCUCGGCUACAAGCACUUCGACCCCUCCUAGCACCGGAUUCAGUUUCGGUUCCGUAACGUCGACAACAAACACCACCAGCUCGGAAGAUAAACCCAAGUUCAGCUUUGGCAGUGGGACAAGCACAGCCAAUGCAUCUGCACCAACAACCGGAAGCGGGUUUAGCUUCGGUGUGAAACCGACCCCCACUUCAGACACCACAGACAGUCCCAAGACGGAAAAGAAGGUGGAACCACCUAAACCGACAGCUACCAUCGCAUCGAGUGGCUUUACCUUCGGUGCCAAACCGGAAGCACCCAAACCUUCCGAAGCGGUCACUUCAACGACCACCACCAGUGGGUUCAGUUUCGGUUCGCCAUCCAGCAAAAAACCCGCAGAAGCUCCCAAAACCGUUGGUUUCUCGUUUGGAAAACCAGCAGAAACCGCGAACGCGAUCUCCACCACGGCUUCUCCAGUUGCGAAAUGCACCAGCAAUAGCGAUACGACGGAACAGAAGAAACCUACCGUUAGUUUUGGUUCGUUAGCUGCUGCGGCCGCUACAACGACCAAUUCCAGCACGUUUGCAUCCACGGCGAGUCCUUCGUUUAGUUUUGGACCGUCAGCGUCAGCGGCGACGGCCACGAAGAGUACGGAAAGUAAAGCUUCACCGAUCGUUGGAAGUGGAAUGUUCUCGUUCGGAUCGCCGAAGACGACUGUUGCCGCUUCAAGUGCGCCGACAGAGGCGCCAGCUGCUGAAUCUAAACCGUCGAGCUUUUCCGUUGGAACAGCUGCUUCGUCCAACGUUCCUAUCUUUGGAGGUGCUCAAAAGCCCUCUGGUCCUUCCAUCACCCCAAGCUUUAGCUUCGGGGCGUCUGCUGGAUCUACCGUUGCUGGUACGACGGCAUCAUCUACCGCUUCUGCUACUGCUGCUCCAUCAACCUUCUCCUUUGGACCUGCUUCAUCGAAACCUGCGGAAACGAGUACUACUACAACCACCGUAACUGCACCAACGGCGGCAGCGCCAAGCUUUGUCUUUGGCCAAAGCGGUCAAUUAGCUAACAAGGUUGUACCAACCUUUGGUGCUACCGCAGCAGCGGCUCCUUCCGAUAAAUCUACGUUCGGAACGUUUGGGGCAACUGCUACGGCUACUGGUACCGCAAACGCUUCUGCCGCCUCGGCGUCCACGGGAAUUUUCGGCAAUUCCACAACCACCGGCACUUCAGGAUUCGGUUUCGGAGCAGCGACGGCUUCCGCUACGACACCAAAACCAGCUGAAUCGACAGCUUCCUCUGCAUUUACGUUUGGAGCAAGCAAAAGCAUUUCAUCGCUUGCAUCCAGCGCUGCUCCUGUUUUUGGUUCACCGGCUGCAGCAUCGUCUAGCACUCCGAUAUUCGGAAGCCCAUCGACCAAUACGCCGACAUUUGGCAGCUUUGGGAAUGCAGCCGGCAGCAGUACCAGUUCAACGCCUGCAUUUGGCUCCAGCACGUUUGGAGCAGCUGCUUCGCCAGCCGGUGCCGGAAGCACAUCCGGAUCGAUUUUCGGUCAAGUGGCAGCGGUAGCACCGGCCUUCGGAAGCGCCGCUGGAGCAACGGCAGCCCCCGUAUUCGGAGCAGCCUCGCCGGCAUUCGGAGCAAGCAGUCCGUUUGGCGGUGCCUCCAGUGCAUCCGCCGCACCAACUGGAGACGAACCGCAGGCGAAAAAGGCGUUCGAUUUCGGAUCGGGCCCAUCAACUGUAAAUAGUCAACCUGCGGCGCCCUUCCAGUUUGGAUCGAGCAGCAAUAACAAUAACAACAAUGACAACAACACGAAACCGUUUUCGUUCUCGGCGAACUCCGCGCCCAGCUUUAACUUCACCGCGGGAUCCAAUGUUGGCCAAACGUCGGCUCCGUUUACGUUCGGCAGUAGCCAACCCGUAGCUCCGGUCGCCAGCAGUGGUGUGUUCAGCUUUGGAGCAGCGACCGGAGCCGGAGCUUCAGCAGCCCCAAUCGGCAGCGGACUAGGAGGAAUGGCUGACCGCCACAAGUAUACCUGGUCAAACACAGCAGCAGGCCGCCCGGAGGAAAAUCCGCGCCACAAGACGUAUUAUCACGCCACGGUAGGAGCAGCAAGGCGCCCUCAAGCCGACGCAGCAGCAUCGAAAAACGCCGCUUCUCCUACUGUUACGAUUACUCGCACCAAACACCCUAACCUAGUAUGGACAAAGGACGGCCAGAAUAGCAGCAACAGCAACAAUCCGACACGUACAACGACGACAAAUAUGACGAGUACCAACGCCGGUGCGGUCGAGGCCAUGGCCCCGCCACCGCCAGCAUCGCAAAACUAUGACAAAUCUCGAUUCCGAUACGUCUCGCCGGAGUUGAAGCGCAAGAUGACCUCCACCGGUGGUCAGCAACAGCAACAGCGGCAACCUGAACGGGAACCGGACAACACAAUGUCUUGAGCAAAGAUAGACGCAUAGACAGAGCGCGCGCGUGCUGCAAAAUUUUGUUACGUGUGUGAGCAUAGUAGCGAUAAGUUAGAGUACUAUGGAGGGAAUUGUGGGCAGAUGUUGGGAGAAUGCCGCCCGGAAGGUAAUGGCACAUACAUAACUGCACUGUUUUUGUACAGUCGAAUUCGAGGAACUUAGGCCUUUUCCCUUCUCUCCUCCUGAAUGAAGGAAUUAAAUUAUUUUAUAGGAUUUAUAGCAGCUGUAUGUGUCAUCCCGAGGCGGACGAACCCCAACUAUCCCACUUUCCUAAUGUAUAUGAAAAUAUAUUCUACUGAUUGAAGAAUAUUGAUCCUAUUCAGAGUAGAAACAAGAAAUCAUCAGCUGUCGAAGCUCUUUUCCCGUCGCUGUUGAAAUUGUAACAUGUUCCGGUAGCCGAGUGACUGAGGGAAAAGAGGUUUGCACAGAGCGCGGAUCAACUGUAAUUACAUAACAGAAGAAGUAAACUAAACCUAGUUCAUAAGCUUUACACAAACAUUACGAUAGUACGAUUGUAGGAUGCUUUAAUAAUUGAAUUGAGCGGAAGACACACACACGAACGAACGGAUAACGGAGACGAUACACGGACGGAAAGAGUUGAAACUAGAUCGAUCAGAAUCGGAAGCUAAAGUUGGAAGAUGUAUAAAUUAAGCUGUACUGCGACUACUUCGCACUAAAAAUUUGCCACGUGAAAAUAUCAUAAUAGUAGCAUUUUUUUCCUCUUUUGUUUACUUUUGCCCACUUGUUUAUGAUGAUUAUUGAAAGUCGAAUAAAAUUUUCGGUUUGAUGUCAUAAUUUGUUAAUUUUUUACUAACUACCAGUGAACUGGGGACUGGGUUUAUCGCUAAAAGAAGUGGGACAAGAACUGAAGGAUUUUAAAUCCUUGUAAAAACUGAUGAAGACACUCAUACUUAUUAUACAAACAAACACACACACGCAUACACACAAACACACAUACGGACGUACCAUACUAACGAGAAGAAGGGAGAACGAGUUUAUUUUUUCUGUUUAGAUACUAAAGAGAACACACCUGUACUUGAGACGAGAGAACGAUUAAAAAGAAACAAAGGAAUAUAAGUUGUUAUUACCUAUCAAAUCAAAUUGAUGAGAUAUUGUUCAGGCAUCCUUCAAUGUAUAGACUUUAUCACGGGAUCUGCGUCAUUCCGGAUGGGGACGGGAAGUGAUGCGAAGGGGACGGAAUUACUGCUGGAAGGCUCUCAAAGUUAGU